GCAUGCGCUCUCCGCACUGACACGUGGACAAGCGCAGAUCCCGGAAGCGGGCUCCACCCCUCUCCGGAGGGUGCAGGCGCCAGCAUGGCAGGAGGGCCGGGCUCGGGCCCGGGCCCGUCCGUGCUGUUCCUGCACCCGGACCUGGGCCUGGGCGGCGCCGAGCGGCUGGUGGUGGAUGCAGCGCUGGCGCUGCGGGCGCGCGGCUGCCGUGUGCAGAUCUGGACUGCGCACUACGACCCCGCGCGCUGCUUCUCGGAGACGCGCGGCCUGGCGGUGCGGAGCGUGGGGGAUUGGCUGCCCCGCAGCCUCCUCGGGCGGGGCCACGCGCUCUGCGCCGCGCUGCGCAUGGCCUACGUGGCGCUCUACGUGCUGCUGCUGAGCGGGGAGGAGAUGGACGUGUUCGUGUGCGACCAGGUGUCUGCUUGUAUCCCAAUUCUCAGGCUGGCCAGAACUCCUAAGAAGGUUUUGUUUUACUGUCACUUUCCUGAUCAGCUUCUGACCAAGAGAGAAUCUUUUCUUAAACGCAUCUACAGAGCUCCACUUGACUGGUUGGAAGAAUAUACUACUGGCAUGGCAGAUUGCAUUGUUGUCAACAGCAAUUUUACAGCAAAUGUCUUCAAGAAUACAUUUAAAUCCUUAAAUCACAUUAAACCAGACGUCCUGUACCCUUCGUUGAAUGUCAGUACCUUUGAAACAAUUGUUCCUGUAGAUAUAGCUAGUAUAAUUCCCCAAGAAAAAAAAUAUUUGUUUCUUUCAAUCAAUAGAUUUGAAAGGAAAAAAAACCUAGCAUUAGCUCUGGAAGCAUUACAUGAUCUUCGUGGAAGGCUCGAUGCUCAAGAGUGGAGUGAAGUUCAUCUAGUGUUAGCUGGUGGUUAUGAUGAAAGAGUUUUGGAAAAUGUGGAACAUUAUGAAGAGCUGAAGACUAUUGCGACCAAGCUUAAUAUUAGCAAGCAAGUCACUUUCGUGAGGUCUUUUUCAGAUGAACAAAAACUCUCUCUUUUCAAUAACUCCCUGUGUGUGCUUUAUACGCCAAGCAACGAACACUUUGGCAUAGUUCCUUUGGAGGCUAUGUAUAUGAGAUGCCCAGUUAUAGCAGUUAAUUCAGGUGGUCCUUUGGAAUCUGUUAUAAAUAAUGUUACAGGAUUUUUGUGUGACCCUCUUCCAACACAAUUUUCUGAGGCCAUGGAAAAAUUGGUGAGAGACCCUGCCUUAAAGAAUACAAUGGGAGCAGCUGGAAGAGCAAGAGUUACAGAAAAGUUUUCAUCAGAAGCAUUUACAGAACAGCUGUACCAAUACAUAUAUAGAUUUACAACAUAACACACUCUAUAAUGUAAUUUACUGCUUUGUCAUGUUUCUGAUUUGUACAUGAGACAGUUAGUUAAACUAACAUCUAGGCUCGUGCAAGGAUGCUGAAAUGUUCAGAAAAUUUUAAUCUUUAAACUAUAUUUUUGAUAGUAUGUUUCAUGCCAGUUGCCACAAAAUAGCAAGAUUUUAGUUGAGGUUAGAUUUGUUUACCACUAACUACAUUGAAUUUUUACUGUUUAUCAUGUUCUCGAAAAUAUUUUAAUAAAUGUAUUAGACUUCCUAGUUUAAACUGGGGAAAGUUAAAAUUAUGCCAAGUCUGACUUCAGGUUGUAUAAAAUGAUUAACUUUCUUAUUUAACAUUUCUUCUCUACACUUGCUAUGAAUUAACUUUACAGUGCAAGUCUUUUGUUGUAAUACUCUGCACCGUAAUUUUCCAUUUGAAUGAAUUUCUACUGAAAGGCUCUGCCAGAUCUCCACCAAUUCUGAUGUGAACGGGGUCAUUGAAAAUAAAGUAAGCUAUACAUAUGCAAUAAAGUCCCAAGGUUUUUUUGGUUUUUAAAUGCCAACUAGUGGUCUGGUGAUCUUGAACAGUCUUAAGCUGUCUAUUUAUCUGUGAACUUCUAUCCUUAAAUUGUAUCAUCUGAUCAUCUCUGAUGUCAUAAUCCAAGUAAUUAGCUGCUGUUCUUGAAGCAGUAGCAGAGGGAAGAGAGAGAAGGAGGAAACCAAGGAUGUCAAAAUCCCUCAGACAAAAAAUGGGGCCAACAUUUAACCCCAUUUCCCCCUCAAAAGUCCCUGAAAUUUUCUUGAAUAUCAGCUGUUGUACUAAAUGUCAACAUUUACUGAAUUAAAGUGCUACAUUUCAUUUUGUCUAUUAGAAGCAUUUCUUUAUACAGCUUUCCUUUGCGGAUUUGCUGAUCCCCACAUAACCAGGUAGAUAUGUGGAAAAAUUCUUGACAUUUUUCUUCCAUUUCCUUCAAAGUUGUAUUUCAUAGUCUUGAGUUGUGCAAAAAUGGUAAUUUGAAUAUUUCCCACAAUCAAAAUGUCAAAAAUUGAGUUUUUAAAAGAGGAGGUAGUAUGUUUGUAUAGUCCAUCACUGCAUAAAAGUUCAAUUAUGCCUUUUAAAACUAAGAUGGUGGAUGAAGUCAUAGUGAGAAAAGUAGACAGUUCUCUGUUCUGGUUUUUAGAAAAUCACACAAAGAACAAAUUAAUGCAUGAAGCCUUAGAUACAGAUUCUGCAAGCUUCUCUGUGCAGGGAGACUUCAGUGUGGAGCAGGCCUUUGAUAUGUUUGAUAUAUAGUGGUUCUCAUAGAGUACAAUAUAUCAGAACAUCACUUGAAAAGAUUCCGAGGGACUGCAUUUUGUUAGUGUUAUAGUGACUUGCUAGAAAUUUGCUUCUUAGUUUAUAUUGUAUGCAAUGUAUACAAGUUAAAGUUGUAUUGUGGUCUGAAAUCCUAUUAAGGGGGGUGAAUAUUAAUUCAAUAAUCUGAGGACAAGGAAUAUCAGAUUUUAUAAAUACCUCAAAUCAUUUUACUGAUCUUUGCCGGCGCAAUUCACUUUAUUGAACUUUGUCCUAUAUGGUUUUUCAUCUACAAUAUACUAUUUGUAUGUGAUGGAAUAAAAUUCAAUUUAAUUUUGUAAAUGGAUAUGUAAUUUGCAUAAUUUGCUCAUUCUCUUAGGUUUAGGUUCUGUACUUACACUGUGUGGGCUUUUUGUGUACCAUAGUGUGUGUACUCUUUUGGGAUAAUUAACGUUUAUUCCAAGGUGUGUCUAUAAGUAUUCAGAAUUUUAGAAUUGAAUUGCUGUUUGAAUUAUGCAGAGAUUUUAAUCUUUCCAUUGUUAAGACUGCAGCCAAAUCCUACUGUAACGCAUUUUCUUUUACCCUUCCUCACUUUUUAACUAAAUAAAAUGCACUGGAGGCUGCAUGCUGCAGUAGCUAGGGCACUGGAAUGUGAGUCAGACAACUUGGAUUCUAUUUCCAGCUCUGCCACUGAUAUGUGAAGUUUCAGUAAGCCCCCACCAAGCUGCCAGUAGUCUGCUGUCCUUUAAGCCUCAGCCUGCCUUCUUCAUCUCUUUUCCAUUCACUGACUUUUUAAGCGGACAAAGUUUAAACAUGUAAAGUUUUCAGAAGGGAAAAAUUCAUCCCUUUAAAGCAGUGUUUCCCAAACUUGGGAUGCCGCUUUUGUAGGAAAGCCCCUGGUGGGCUGGGCCAGUUUGUUUACCUGCCACGUCUGGAGCAGCAAACCAUGGCUGGACCUAUGGACGCGGUAGGUAAACCAGCCUGGCCUGCCAGAGGCUUUCCCUACACAAGCGGUGUCCCAAGUUUGGGAAACACUGCUUUAAAGUAACAGUGAACAAGUGAAAAGGACUUGUAAGAGGAAGAAGGGGAAGCUGGUCUCUAAUGCUCUGCUAAGCAGGCAUCUUUUCCAAUGAAGUGAGACCGUCAGGAAACAAUUGAUAUGGAUGAUGAGAGAGCUGAAGAGGAGGAGAGAGUUUGGGAUGGUUGGUGCCUAUUUCCGCACAAAUCCAAAUCGCUGCUGCAUAAUUUAGGUUUAAUGAAUCUUACAAGUCCUUGACAAUAAAUAACAUUAAGGUUAAGUACACCAAUAUCUACUAGAUAGCAUUCAUAGAUGGCAGCUUCAACUUUAAAAUGAUUAGCAUUUUAUUGAACUCACUAAUACGAAUCAUGCAAACUUGUCAGUGGUGUAUAUAUACUUAGUUGAAAUUGUUUGCUGGACUUUGCACCAGCCGUGGUACGAUGUUACAUCGGAUUUUCACUGACCGUUGCAGUGAUGCUGGGAUGAUGUAUUGCAUUGCGUAUAGACUGUUACUGUCUUUCUAUGACAAUUGCAAAGGCACCAGGGAACAGUUAAUGUAACAAGAAUGUAAUUACAAAGUCCCUUUGUACUUUUAAAAAAAUCAACCUUAUGUUUUCAAAAUUUUAAGAUGAACUCUUGGGAGGGAAAGGGCUUUUUCCUGAAAUUUUGAAGGAAAUUCAGUUUACACUUUUCUAGCUCAAAAGAUUUUAAUUAACUUAUUAGAAACUUCCGAAUUUUUCAAAAAUAUUUUCUUGUCUUUUUAUUUCCUAAAAAUAAAUAUCUGAGGAAUUAGAAAUACUGACAUAGGGUGUCAGUUUUCAAGCAAAAGGAAAUUUUCACAGCUAGUAUUUUUAGUAUGAAAGCCAAAAGGAGGAGAGAAAACAAUCCAUGUCAGUUCAGAAUAUUUUUGUUGUCAAAGCCUACAUCUAAAAGUUCUGUGUGCCUUUUCAUGUAAAAAGCAUUAUAUGAACACUACAUUUGUCAGUGGGUUUGAGCAGGUAUAACUUCUCAUUCCCAUUGGUUUAAUCAGGAAAAGCUUUGUAGGUACAGUGAUUCCUGUCAUAGGACUUCAACACUUUCUCUCUUUCUCUUUCUGAACAGUGUCCAUUAUCCCCUUGUUCUGUGCUGCCACUUCUCAAACAGGAAUGGCCCUUGGUCUCUAUUCUCUCCAUGCUAACCCAGUCUGUGUGAUGCUUUUCACAUCCUUAAGGACUAAUGUGAAACUUGACUUAGCAGACCUAGUCUAUGGCAUACUUAUAAAAUCAAUAAUGGUCUGUGCUGAGCUUUCAAUCAUUAUAUGACUACAGCAGGGAUGGAGCAUUGACCAAGGACCAAGGACACUUACCUUUAGGUGGGAAGGCCUAUAGCAUCUAGAAGGGAAGGAGGUCCUGUCCCAAUUCGGCUCAGGAAGCUGUUGGAAUUGAAGUAGUUUAACAUAGUGUUCUCAUCCAGGGAUUGAAAAAUUUCCUUGACAUCUACUAGCCCGUUUGAAAACAUCUGUCACUGACACCCUGAAGUCCCACAUCCCUGCAAUUUAAAGGAACAAAACAGUUGUGGAGUCUUGGUAACUGUAGCAUUGUCAAUCAACUUUCUAUUUAACUUUUUACAAGUAUAUUUCUGUCUCCUGAUCUUUGUUGUAUUGUUUCACUCUGCUUUUUAUUUCCUAUUA